AGCACACCACCAGGGACGCCACACAGCCCACACCUGCACCGCCGCCUGCACUGUCGCCAGGUCGACAGGUUCACGGCGGCGCCAGCGAAGGUGCAGCCCCGCCCCCUCUGUCGCACUUGCCCCGGUCAAAGAGCAACAAGAGGGCGCCCGCUAAACUGCCCCGCGCCCCGCCCCACCCAGUGCCCCGUGAAGGAGAUCGGGACGGAAGCUGGACUGGGUCGCGUGUGUGUGCGUGUACUUGUGUUUGUGUGUGUUGGUGUGGUGGUGUCUCGCGUGUGUGGGGUGCGUGGGCGGGAACUUGUGGGUACAUAGAGGUCUCUGCUCUGAGUCUCCGGCGUCAUGGUCCUUCUGUGGACGCAGCACGAGGGUGAGCGGGUGGAGCCCCAGCCCACCGACGACCACGUGCAGGAGGUGAGGAAGGACGGGGGCGUGAAUGGUGCCGGCAAACACCCGCACCCCCACCGCCUCCCCCACGCCAAGGACAAACCCGCGGGCGACGCAGCAGGCACCAAGGCAGGCACCAGCAACACCGCCUCUCCGUCAGGCCGCAGCGAGACCCUCAGAAUCGCGACGCCCUCAGAGAAACACGUCGUCACUCUUCGUCAAAUUUCCGAGGUCUUUGAUGCCACCAAGAGUAGCAUCACCUCUUCACCUACCUCGCUCUCCUCCUCUCCCUCCUCUCCCUCCUCCUCCACUGUGUCUCCCUCUACCCCAUCUGCCUCCAGCACUCCUCUAGGCACAGUGGUGGAGGUGGAGAGGUUGGAGGACGGCGGGAUAGGUGUGGAGAGCGUGGCUAAGGUGGAAAAAGUAUCGAAGGUGUCUACUCUCGGCCUCAACUCGCGCCUGCUGCUGGAAGAGGAGGAGCAGGACGGGGAGGAAGGCGUGGAGGCAGCCAAGAAGAAGAGGAGCCAGAAGAGGAAGUUUUACACGCUGCCAAGGAACUGGAGGAGCAAAGCAACGGACUUCAUUCUGACUAAAGGUAAGAUGGAGACGCGAUGUGCUGAGAGGGAACGAGAAGGGAGAGAAGAAAGAGAAGAUUAGACAGAGGCUGGAAAAAUAUACCGCCAUUCUUCUCUCCUCUUUCCUUCCCAUUCUCCUUAAGGCUAAGUGAAUUCUCAUCCCUGUGUUUGUUAUUCUUCUGUUUCUUACAAGCCUUUUUUUUCUUUUCUUUUUUGUAUCGGUACAGAAUUCUCGUAAUCCUAUCAUCAUACUACGUUGCCGCUGUUUUGGUGAAUUCCUACCACUGUGCUUGUUUUUUUUUUUCUUUUUAUCCUUUAUAAUCUUUUGUUGUGUGAGUUCAGUAUGCUUACUUUCAUGUGGUAAGGAACUUUAUUUAUUUCAUUUUUUUUUCAUUUCGUUGGUUGUUAUUGCCAUUGUUGCUUUCGUUUCUCUCUCUCUCUCUCUCUCUCUCUCUCUCUCUCUCUCUCUCUCUCUCUCUCUCUCUCUCUCUCUCUCUCUCUCUCUCUCUCUCUCUCUCUCUCUCUCUCUGCCCCCUCCCCGUCAGUACAAUUAUCUUUCCGUUGGUUUGUUUCUAGUGAUACAUAAUUUUCGUAUAAUUUUGUCUAUCUCUCAGUUCUGUCUACCUUUCUUUGUCUUUUUUAGUUUCUUAUUAUAUUUUAGUUACCUUUUCCCGCAACAGACUACAAAUUUUAGAAUGUAGAGGGGAACAAAAAUGAAAAAAAAAACAAAUAAACAAAAAAAAAAAAAGAAGUCGCCAUUUUGCUUCUGACUUUAAUUAAGGCCCCGUUUGAAACUUUUAUAUCCCACGGAAGGGAAAUUUUGCUCGCGUGGGGCGGAGAUUGUGGCGCGAUGCAAGCUGCUGCCGCCGCCCGCCGUAAUGCCGGGGUUGCUUCGCGCUGGCUGGGGACACAUUACCUUCGGGGGGCUAGUGCAUAGGGAGGGAAGGAGGGAGGGAGGAAGCGUGCACUGAGCGAUAGGGAGAACCAUGGUUAGAUUCCCUUAGAAAAUAAGAACGUAAGAAAAUAAGGGGAGCUGCAAGAAGCCAUCAGGCCUACACGCGGGAGUCUGCAUGAAACACUUAUUUGUCACCUGUCAUUCCUAUCCAUAAUUUGUCUAAUUUCUUCUUUCCCUAAUAAUUCAGAAUUAACAACCUGAUUACGGAGUCUGUUCCAUUCAUCUAGCAUUCCACUUGAGAACCAAUUCCUUCCUAUCUCUUUUGUAAAUUGAAUUUUAUCAAGAUUUAAUCCAUUAUUUUUUUUCCUACUGACCCUCAGAAAUUUGCUUUUGUCACCCUUGUUUUAUCCCUUAUACCACUUAAAAACCUCUGUUAGGUCCUCUCAACUUACGUAUCUCAAAGGAACGUAAAUCUAAAAGCUUCAGUUUCCUUUCGUAAGAAAUAAUCUUUAUCCUCUGUAUCUUUUCAGGCAUUCUCUCUUGUACUGACUCUAAUAGACCUAUAUCCAUCCCGUAAUUGUAAUAUGGGGACCAGAGCUGAACAUCAUUACCUAUACAAGGGCUGAUCAGCAAUAAAUAUAAUUUUAAUAUUACUUCUACUUUUAGCGCUCUUAACGCUCCCAUGUAAUUGUGGAGGUGAAUAUGAAAAAGGCGCACCAGUUGUGUUGCCAUUCUUGUCUCUGGAGUCUUGUCUUGUCAUGACACUCCUCUCAUGAAACAGUCCCAAGUCGUAGAAGGGCAAAAAAAUAAAAGAAUAUCAUCUUGGUCGAGUGCAAGAUCACUGUAUUGCUCUUUGUUGUGAUUGCAGCGACUGAUUCUGAAACAAUGACCCAAAUAUUCCUGGACAAAGUCGAUUUAACAUUAUAGCGUCAUACAGGACCCCAGACCAAGAGCUAUGUAUGUUACAAGAGGGUGUGGCUGACCUGGUAUGUCUUUCCUCUCCCCCUUCUCCUCCCUCUCUUACUUAUUUUCCACUUCUCACCUUAGAAACGAGGGCAACACACUCGUAUAAGUAAAGUGGAGGCCGCAGUGGUGAUGGUGGUGGUAGUGGUGGUGGUAGUGGUGGUGUAGGUGCCUCACUAGUGUCAUUAUCAAGUGAAUUAUCCUAAAUUGAGUUAUGUGGACCAGCCGUGCAUUGAGUUACACACACACAUACACACACACACACACACACACACACACACACACCGCGUAGUGUAGUGGUUAGCACGCUCGACUCACAACCAAGAAGGCCCGGGUUCGAACUCCGGGCAAAUGGGCGUGCCUCUUAAUGUGUAGCCCUUGUCCACCUAGCAGCAAGUAGGUGCGGGAUGUAACCCGAGGGGUUGUGACCUCGCUGUCCCGGCGUGUGGUGUGUCAGUGGUCUCAGUCCUACCCAGAGAUCGGUCACUAUGAGCUCUGAGCUCUUUCCGUAGGGUAACGGCUGGCUGGGUGAACAGCAGACGACCGUAGGUGAAUCACACACACACACGCACAUACACACACACAAACAUGUUACGGGUCUCCGCGCGGGGGCUGUGAACGUGUUAUAUAAGUUGGGGGAGGUGUUAUUAUAUUCACUACCAGAAAUUCGUGUGUUAAAAUAACGUGUUUACACCUCUUUGCCCCAAAUUUGCAGAUGUUUUCUAGCUCCUGGAGUUGAAUUCAUAAAUGUCGGCGUGGGAAGACUUUUUUUUUUUUUUUUUUUUUUUCUCCUUCAUGAAGCUUAAAUUUAUAAAUGUCGCAAUGAAAUGUAUUUUGUGACCUCUAAAGUUAAAUACAUAAAUGUCGUCGUGAGGGGAUGCAUUUUUUACUCCUAAGCUUAAGUUCAUAAAUGUCGCGGCAGGGAAGAUGUAUUUGAACUCCUACACUUGUAUUUUUGUUAAUGUCGUGACGGGCUAACAUGUUUUUUUUUUUUUUUUUUUUUUUUUUUUUUUUACUUUUUGCAGUGCCAGCCUCUUUACGCAACGGAGAGAAAAAAAAAUAGUAAAAAUUACGUUGAAUUAGUGCACUUACAUAGGCCGGAGUGUAGUGAACAUGAGUAUCAUAACUACUUAUAUAACCACCGUUACGUGCGUCAGGCUUUACGAGAAUAAGGAAGAAUGGAAGGCCAGCAAGAUGUCACACAGAUACAUACAGCGGGCGGCGCCAAACUGCCUUGGGAGUGACGUGCGGGAACCCAUAGAAAGCGUCACGGAGCAGUAGAGCGGGGUGACUGAGGCGCCGCAGCUUAUGGGAUAACCUGUUGCUUGUUUGUGUUGUCAUUUCUCGGAAUAGAAAAACAAGGGUUACCGGUACAGGCCGGUUAGCAGUAGCGUGUUAGCAUAGGAACAUAAGGGAAGUAGUUAUAAGCCAGUAGGUCUACACGUGCCACUCCCUGUAUAAAGCAUACCUACAUGAUUCUAGAUCCACUUUUCGUCCCUAUCCAUAGUAUCUAAUUCUUUAAAGUUCCCGAUUGACUUGAAACCAGCAAUCUGAUAACCGAGUCUAUUCCUCUCACCUACUUCUAUAUUUGGGACCCAACUUUCUCUAUAUUUCUUUAAAUCUAACUUUACCCAGCCUGAACCCGCUGCUUCUAGUCCUAUCCUGACUACUAACCCAGAGGAUUUUAUUUACAUCACGCUUGUUAUAAUUUGUUACGCCAGUUAAAUGCCCCUAUCAGAUUCUCUCUUAAUCUACGCCUUUCUAACGCUUCUCCGGCGCAGGCUACCGGGUUAAUAUUACUCA